CCUUCCCGACGUGAAACAAACGCAGGUGCUCUCCACAAAGCUGCCCCGGGUUAAGACCGACGUGACCCCCUCGACAAAUGAGAGUGGGGACAGCCAAGGAUGUCAAUGGUACCUCUCGGUGACUCCGCCCACGGCACUGGCCUACUCAGCCUGAGCACCGGGCGCGCGGUAGGAGAGUCGCUCCCUCGUGUUCUCUGCGCGGUUUCCACGCCUGCCGCAAGUCAUUUAACCAACGAGAGCGGUGGGCGGCCGCCUAGGGACGCUGCCACUGUCCCUGAGUCUCGGAGAGGUGAGCCAAUCAAUGGAAACUUGAUGGUUGCUACGAAACAUUUGAGUUUGGCUCCACCCGCGUUUAGGAUUUUAGCCAAUGAAAAGCUGUACUUUGGACUGUUGCCACGAAACCGGGGAGAUUACUUCCACCGCCUGAAUGUUUCAGCGCCUGCGCAGAUUGGGGAAAGUUCUGGAAGAGAGUGGAGCUGCCGCCAUUUUCCGAGAAGAGAAGCAGCUGCGGCUGCAGUGCUGCUUUUACUGCUGAGACUGGGAAAUAGCUGUGCUUGGUGCCCCCCAACACACCUAAAGGAACGGAGAAAACCGGGACCCCCCUGCGGGGACCCGGAACUGAUCUGCUACGAUGGCGUCCGAUGAAUUUGAUAUAGUGAUUGAGGCCAUGCUGGAGGCUCCCUAUAAAAAAGAGGAGGAUGAGCAGCAAAGGAAAGAGGUUAAAAAGGACAGCCCUAGCAAUACCACCAAUAGCACCAGCAGCACUGGCAACAGUGGUAAUGCUACCAGUGGGAGCAGCGCCAGUGGGGAGGCAAGCAAGAAGAGGAGGAGUCGGAGCCAUAGUAAAAGCAGGGACAGAAAGCGCAGUCGUAGUCGAGACCGGGAUCGGCAUAGGCGGAGAAGCAGUCGGAGCUGGAGUCGAGAUCGGCAGCGUCGUCACCGCAGCCGUAGCUGGGAUCGUCGACGUAGUAGUGAGUCACGGAGUUGGGACCGGCGUCGUGAGGAUCGUGUGCGCUACAGGAGCCCACCACUUGCCCCUGGGCGUAGGUACGGACAAAGUAAGAGUCCUCAUUUCAGAGAGAAGAGCCCAGUCAGGGAGCCAGUUGAUAAUUUGAGUCCCGAGGAGCGUGACGCCCGCACAGUUUUCUGUAUGCAGUUAGCUGCCCGCAUUCGGCCUCGAGACCUGGAGGACUUUUUCUCUGCUGUUGGCAAGGUUCGUGAUGUACGUAUCAUCUCAGAUCGGAACUCACGUCGUUCUAAGGGCAUCGCCUAUGUGGAAUUCUGUGAAAUCCAGUCUGUGCCACUGGCCAUUGGGCUGACCGGGCAGCGCCUGUUGGGAGUGUCUAUCAUUGUACAGGCUUCACAGGCUGAGAAAAACCGACUGGCAGCCAUGGCCAACAACCUGCAGAAGGGCAGUGGUGGGCCAAUGCGCCUCUAUGUGGGCUCCUUGCACUUUAAUAUCACCGAGGACAUGCUCCGGGGCAUCUUUGAGCCUUUUGGCAAAAUUGAUAAUAUUGUCCUGAUGAAGGACUCAGAUACGGGCCGCUCUAAAGGUUAUGGUUUCAUUACGUUCUCUGACUCCGAGUGUGCCCGGCGGGCCUUGGAACAGUUGAAUGGCUUUGAGCUUGCUGGUCGACCUAUGAGGGUUGGCCAUGUGACUGAGCGACCGGAUGGUAGCACAGACAUCACUUUUCCUGAUGGAGACCAGGAGCUGGAUCUGGGAUCAGCAGGUGGCCGUUUGCAGCUCAUGGCCAAAUUGGCAGAAGGGUCUGGAAUCCAGCUGCCAACCACAGCUGCUGCUGCUGCCGCCCAAGCUGCUGCCUUGCAACUGAAUGGAGCAGUUCCCUUGGGGGCCCUGAACCCAGCGGCUCUGACUGCUCUGACUCCGGCUCUGAACCUUGCCUCCCAGGCCAUCGCCUCGCAGUGCUUCCAGCUUUCCAGCCUCUUUACCCCCCAGACCAUGUAAAUCAGUGGUGCAGUACACUGCCUCUCUGUGCCUCUGGGUCCUGCCACUCCCUUCUCCACAUCUACUCUUCCAUGGCCUCUUCUCUUCAUUUUGUGGACCACGCCAUCCUAAGGGCAUGGGCAUUGACUCUCGGGGAAUUGAGGCCACCCUUAGACACCAAGAAGAACUCCUGCCCAUGGCCCUACUGGGAAUGGACUCUGCUGAGCAAAGCUGCUGGUCACAGAGAACAGAAUCUACACCUACAUUGAAGACCUGUUUCUCCAUGUACAUCGUCUCCCGCGAUGAUCUUCAUUGCCCUUUCCAACCACUUCUUAGUGAUUCCUUGAUUCCUCUUCUGUUGGGAAGGCCAUAGCGCAUUAACUGAAGGAACUAAUCUCUCUCCUUUUCCUGUACCUCUACCCUACAGUCUGUCAAGGAAAACCCUUAAGAGCUCUGGUCCAAGAGGACCCGGGGUGGGGGUGAACCUUGAGGGUGCUGGCUUGCCAUUGCAAGGGCCCUGGAGGAGAGCAUGGACAUGUGCAUUGUGAAGCCUGCCUUAGACCUCAACUUGGGACCAGAACUCCUCCUGUGGGUUCAGCAUCUUGCUGGGAGGCGUGGGAAUGAUCUACCCUGCCAGGCAUUUUGGAUGUCUUAGGGGCAUUCAGGAGUUUAGUGAAAGGUGGGGUACCUUUCCAGUAUCUUCCGUCUUCCUUUGUGUAGUUGUCCUUCCUUUGGCCCAGGGUGGAAGGAUGGCGGGGAAGCUGCUGCUCUCCACCACUUCCUAUGUGCCUCUACUGUGGGCUCAACCCCAGCUGUUAAAGCUGCUCCUGGCCCCUAGCUGGGGACAUGUGAGCCCUUCUCACUGGAUUUUAUACCCUUGUGUCUGUGUACAUAAAUAUACAUAUAUAUAUAUAUAUAUAUAUAUAUAUAAACUUUGUACAAAAGGCAAACCCCGCUAUUGGGGUGGCUCCUGUCCGUAUGUGUGUGGUCUCGGCCGGUUGGUGUGUCUGUCUGAUGUUAACCUCUAAUGAGCCAAAACCACGAAUGGUUCUAGGGAUAUAAAACAUUUGUAAUGCCA